AUGCACACGCAGCCACCGACGCAUCACCCCACCACCACUUGCAACGACCUGGCACCCCUUCUCUUCUUCUUCUUGGUACCCUGUCAUCUGACGGUUGGUGAAAAACAAGUUUUUUUUCUUGGUAUCCUGUCUAUAAAAGCCUACCCAAUCCAAUGCCUUCGUGAUCUCCUCCACUCGUCGCUAGUUAACCGAGCCCACCCACCGAGCGCACCGCUUCCGCAGCGAGAGGGAAAGAGAGAGGGAGGUCGCGAGAGAGCCGAGGGGGCUCGUCCGGAGCUGGCUAACCAUAGCGCAGGAGAGAGCCUGGAGGACCGCAACAAGUGGCGAGUGCUCGCCCUGUAUGAAGCCCUGAACGGUCGCGACGCGGACCGGGUGCAGCAGCUGCUCGCCCCCGACAUCGAGUGGUGGUUCCAUGGCCCGCCGGAGCACCAGCACAUGAUGCGCAUGCUCACCGGCGCUGACGACGACACCGCCGCCGAGUUCCGAUUCUUCCCCGAACGAGUCGCCGCCUUCGGCUCCACCGUCGUCGCCGAGGGCACCGGCCCCGGCGCCGCCACCUCCUGGGUCCACGCCUGGACCGUCUCCCCGGAUGGGAUAAUCACCCAGGUCCGGGAGUACUUCAACACCUCCGUCACCGUCACCCGAGUCGCCGCUGACUCGCCGCCCAAGCCCUCGGUUUCGCCCAAGGACUCGCCCAGGCCGACUCACUGCCUGCCCGUGUGGCAGAGCCGCAGCCGCAAGUCCUUUCCCGGACUCGUCCUGGCGAUCUAAACAUAAGUAAUCCGAAUCAUUAAGUAAAGCCUAAUUAAUCAAUCUUAAUCACCGAGGUGAAGGCUUAAUCAAUAUAUGCAUGGGCUGAUAAGGUCACUGUCAUUCGAGUCCUAAUUAAGAGUUAAGUCUGUGGUUUGCUUUAAUUAUCAUAGUUUUAAUAGGUAAUUAAGAUGAAGGAGAAGCGUAGAGGAAUCAUGUCAUCCUUCCUUCCUCCUUCAGUAGCUGAUGAUGAUGAUGCUCAUGUGUGUUUAUCAUUCUCUUAUAUAUUGAAUAAAAGAUGCUUGUGUGCUUGCUUUAAAA